AGAAAUAAGUGUCUGAUUCUUGGCAACUUUUAUUGAUCAAUUUGAGUACAUGAGUAAAAAUCUACUUCAGAUAUCCAGUGAGGAUCUAAGUCAUGUUCUUUUUAUUUUUUUUCAUGUAGUUGUGUGUUUAAAUCUAAAGACAUGAAUGUUCAAGUCUUGAUUUUCUUAACAGUGAGAUGGUCUGAGAUUAUAUUCCAUGGACAGGUUCCAGGAACAUGGAGAUGGAUGCUUGGAGUUUCUGCUGUGCCAGCUGUCAUUCAGUUUGUCCUUAUGCUUUUAUUGCCUGAGUCUCCACGAUGGCUUUUUAUGAAGGAUGACAAAAAUAAAGCCAUAUCUGUGCUUUCUAAAAUUUAUGACCUGGCUCGGUUAGAAGAUGAAAUUGAACACCUAACUGCUGCUUUAGAAGAAGAAUCCCAGAAGAGCGUGAUCAGAUACUCAGAUGUCUUUAAAAAAAAAGAAAUCAGAAUCGCCUUUUUUGCUGGGGCUGGACUUCAGGCAUUUCAGCAGUUCACUGGCAUCAACACUGUCAUGUACUACAGCCCAACAAUUGUUCAGAUGGCUGGAUUCAGAUCCAAUCAGCUGGCACUUUUUUUGUCUCUGAUUGUUGCUGCCUUGAAUGCAGCUGGAACCAUUGUUGGCAUUUAUCUUAUUGAUCAUGUUGGACGGAAAAAGUUAGCCCUUUCAAGCUUAUCGGGUGUAAUUUUGUCCCUUGUCAUCCUUGCUGUGGCCUUCUUUGCUCAAUCAUCUGGUUCUUCAGGUGGACUUUAUGGAUGGAUUGCAGUAUUAGGUUUAGCUCUUUACAUUUCAUUUUUCUCGCCUGGAAUGGGACCUGUGCCAUGGACUGUGAACUCUGAGAUAUACCCUGAGCACUACCGUGGGAUAUGUGGAGGCAUGUCUGCUACUGUUAACUGGACUUCAAAUUUGAUAGUGUCCGAGAGUUUUCUGUCAGUUGCUGACGCUAUAGGAACGGGGACAACUUUCUUGAUUCUUGCUGGCAUGGCUGUGCUUGCUGUUGGUUUUGUGAUUGUGUUUGUGCCAGAGACCAAGGGAUUGACAUUUGCAGAAGUGGAGCAGAUAUGGAAGAAGAGGGCAUGGGGCAGCGGAUAUAAUACCAAUACCGAGAGCCUUCUUGUGCAGGGAGACCAAUCUUAGGUGCCAUGUAUAUUAGGUUUGAAUAUUGUCUGUUAUAUGUGCUUGAAGAAUGAAGAUGAAUUAGGACGUAUUUUCAUAUUUCAGAGUUUGAGAUCAAAGGAUGCUUUAAAAUAUGUUCGUAUGUAUUAUGUGGCGUCUAAGGGAUUCUUUUAUUGUAUACCCUGUGGAGCAGGUUACUAUCCAUUUACUGUUUAGAUCUAUGGACAAAUUUAUCAAAACUAUGUUUGCGAUUGUUGCAUUGGAAAUCUGAUAUUCCACCUGUCAUCUCAAAAAUCUGCUGUGGCAGAAAUGAGGGAUGCUUUUCCCACAUGAGGGAUGUCCUUGGCUGUUACCACAACUGCCUAAGGUGAAGUUUGGGAACUUAAAUUUGAAAUUGAUGAGUGUAUAUAAAAUUCAAGUAAUUUA